GCCCGGUGCCAAGAUGGCGGCGGCGCCCGGGCGCUGACGCCGCCGGUCACUUCCGGCGGGGAGCGGCCAUGGCGCGGCGGGGCCGGCCCGGCCGGCGGCUCUCGGGGCUCCCUCCCGCCGCCGUGAGAUCCUGGAAUUGAAAAGUGACGUCCUGACACCUGGGAGCAUCACGGGCUUGGAAUGACUGGGGAGAAGCUGCUUUGGUUGGCCAUCCCUGAUCUUGCGUGUCCUUUAAAAGGUGCCAGCACUUGCAGUCUGCUUGGUCAAGGCUGGAAGGCUGGGCCUGGAUCUGCUCUGUACCUUUGAGGGAGAUCUGGACCCCUCCUGCCUGAGCCCAGGGAGCCAUGGAGGACAAACGGAACAUCCCCAUCAUCGAGUGGGAGCACUUGGACAAAAGGAAAUUCUACGUGUUUGGGAUUUGCAUGACUAUGAUGAUCCGGGUGAGCGUUUACCCCUUCACGCUCAUCCGCACGCGGCUGCAGGUUCAGAAGGGCAAGAGCCUCUACAACGGGACUUUUGAUGCCUUUGUGAAAAUCCUGCGGACAGAAGGGGCGGCCGGGCUCUACCGUGGCUUCUUGGUCAACACCUUCACCCUGAUCUCAGGGCAGUGCUACGUGACCACAUACGAGCUCACUCGGAAGUACGUGUCGCGGUACAACAACAACAACGCUGUCAAGUCCCUGGUGGCCGGUGGCUCGGCCUCCCUGGUGGCCCAGAGCAUCACGGUGCCCAUCGAUGUCAUCUCCCAGCACCUCAUGAUGCAGAGGAAGGGGGAAAGCAUGGGCAGGUUCAAGGUGCAGAACCAGGAUGGCAAGCGUCUGCUGGUCUUUGGCCAAACCAAGGACAUCAUUGUACAGAUUUUCAAGGCUGACGGUUUUAGAGGCUUCUACAGGGGUUAUGUGGCCUCGCUGCUCACUUAUAUUCCCAACAGUGCGGUCUGGUGGCCCUUCUACCACUUCUAUGCUGAACAGCUUUCGAGUUUGACUCCUAAAGACUGUCCCCACCUCCUUCUGCAAGCGAUAUCAGGGCCACUUGCGGCUGCCACAGCUUCCACCCUCACCAACCCCAUGGAUGUGGUGAGGGCUCGGGUCCAGGUGGAAGGCAAGAGCUCCAUCAUUCUCACCUUCAAGCAGCUCAUUGCAGAGGAAGGUCCCUGGGGGCUGACCAAAGGCCUCUCUGCCCGCAUCAUUUCGGCCACUCCUUCCACCAUCGUCAUCGUGGUGGGGUACGAAACGCUGAAGAAGCUGAGCCUGCGCCCAGAGCUGGUGGACUCGAGGCACUGGUAGAGGCAGCUGGUGGAGGAGAACCUUCCUGUGAAUCUGAGUUUGCAGGGGAGAGCCUGGGGUGCGACGCAGCUGCCGUGCCUUCGUCUCUGGCUGGUUUCACAGCACAAGGCGGAUGCAAAAGCAACUGCACUUCACCUCUUUAGAUUUGAGUGUCAUGCAACGGUCUGCUGCUGGUUUUGCUUAAACUGUGACCUUUGGCAGUGCACUUUGCCUGGAACAGUCCAUUCCAGGCGUGUGAAUGCAUCCUGGCAAGUUAUUAAUUCCUUUUUAUUUAAAUUAAAGAUUUACUGGCUUAAGCAAAAAGCCAAUUUAUUCUCUUUAAAUUAUUUUCAUCUUUGCCAAACUUCCAAGGAGACUCACAGCCUGCAGCAGGACCCUCUGCUGGGAUGUCUCUAGUGGCAGUUGUGCUGUGGGAAGCUGGAAGCAGAAAAUAGACAAAUGACGUUCUCCAAUUACCUGCUUUUAUUUCUAGAAGAUGUGAGACAAGAGUAACCUGGAACCACUUCAGACCUGAUUUCCUGCGUUUUGAGUAGAUCUACAUACUUGUUUUGUAUAUUCUUGGAAAAUGUUCCCCAUCUCUCAUCCUCCAAACAGCAAGUGGCUGAUAGCAAGUCGGGAGUUGAGCUGACUGUUUGGAAUUAGCUGAUGGCGGUUUUGACACCUAACUUGUGUUUUUAAUCUGUUGUAAUUUAAUUUUUUUUUAUUUUAGGGAAGCUUAUUCUGAUUUCUGGAGAACUGAAUGGUUGUCCUGUGGCCUUGUUCAGUGUGUCAAUCCUGCAUGUUCAGAGUGGCUGCGGCCACUUCCCACCUUAGGUAGUUUAAGCCCAGAAAUGCAGUUUAGAAGUGUUUGAUCAUGGUGCUGCCAGCAGCUGGAUGAGGACUGAAAGGGCUUUGAGCUAUAAUUACAUGGGAUGUGGGGAAGGAAAAGCUUUGUGCUGGCUUUUGAUCCGGUUCAAACCUGACAGGCAUGUUUAUAUUGAAUAAGAAGUGAUGGUUCACUUCAUGAGUUUAAAUUCUGCUCAUCCAGUUUGGGAAGGGCAAGGAUAAUGUUUUGCACAAUUGCUGGAUCAGAAGCCUGAGCUAUGCUCUGUGUAUUUUACCAGGUGAAAACUUCAGGGGGAUGAAACCAGAGGCUGCUUUUUGGGGAGGGGAGGGGAGGGAGGGGAUUGUUUGACUGCACUCUGCUGCUCUUGGUGGUUGAGAUUUCCCUUUCAUGCUGCCUUGCCCACACGUGGUGCUCAUCUGGGUCUGCCACGUCCAGGGAGGUUUGGGGUGCACCUCCACACAACAGAGUGCACCACCCCCAUUCCCCUUCUGCCAUAACCAGGAAUUUUGGUUGAGGUGUUGAUCCUGCUGACCUGUGGCUGUUGCUGGGCUCCACUUGGCUGUCUCUUCCCAGGGGGACUCACCAAGUGUGGCUCUGCCCUUCAUCCCUGCCCAGCAGGCACUGGACAUGCCACCGUGCCUGCUGGAGAUGGAGAGUGCUGAAGCUGCUGCUGAGGAGGGAGAGGCUUCUCUGCUAAGGGCAGAGCUUGAUUCUAAGGGGCAGUGCUGUGAUGGGGCUGUGGGUGAGUCGUCAGAGCCCUCUUCAUCCCGUUUUUGUUUCUUGCAGUGCUCAGAAAGGCACUGGAUGCUGGAGCCACUGGUGGAGUUGUUGGAGCAGCACCUUCUGCACCUGCUCUGGCCACGUGUUUGUUGAUUAAAAGUUGACACCAGUCAGCUCUUGCUCUAAUAAUAGAUUCUGCUCUGAAAAGCAGAACAACAGAACCCCAAAUCACAAGGCAGCAGGAUGUUAACACUGAUAUCAACAGGAACAAUAAGGAUCAACCUCUGCCAGGUGCAGCAGGGCCAGUCCCAGUGUGCAGAACAGAGGGGCAGCAGCACCAGCGUGGGGAGACACUGUCAAACUUCAUGUUCCUCUCGUAACCAGCAACGUUUCUUGACAACUAAUAAACGUGAGAGACCUUCAGUUUGGUGCCUGCAUUUAAAAGCACAUGACCCUCCACCCCAGGGGAGGCUGCUGCUUUUUGUCGUGUCACAGAAAGGGUUUCACCCUUAGCCUUUAGACGAGGGCUAGGAGAGGGGCGGCUGCUCGGAGCGAGUUAAGGAGAACCGGAGCACGGGGAAUGCCUGGAAGCAGCUGUGACCCAGAGCCACCCCCAGGGCGCGGCCCGGCUCCUGGUUGCCUCUUACAUGGGAAAAGUCGCUUUUUCAAUCUCUAACCGAGCUGAACUUUGCUGCUUCUUUUCUUCCUGAAUUCUUCAGGCUCGAUCGUUUUGUUUCACUAAAAGCCGCUGGGGGGCAGGGCGGGCAUUUCUAGGAGCACUGGGGAGGGAAGGACGCUUUGUCACUGUGAAAAACGUUAAUUAUUUGAUUUUUUUAAAAUUUUAAAAGUUUAAUAAUAAUAAAAUUAUUAUAAAAAUAGUAAUAUAAUUAGAGUAAUAAAAUUUAGAGUUAGGAUAGUUAUAAGAUAAUAAAAAGUGAAGAAUUAUGGACGUCUGGAUGCUCUCGGACUAAGUCACAAAAAGCAUAUUUUGUGAACAAAGGAAUAACCUUAAAAGCAAUAGCUUGUUGUAUAUUCGUAUAUCCUUCAUGGUUAUGCAUACAUUCUGUUUAAAACAAGAACUGUUUCUUGUAUGUCAACUGUUUCCUUUAAUCCCCUGGCGUCUUUGAGUCUGAGCAAGGCCUGAAGAAAUUAGCUUCUUCUGAUAAGAAAACUGUAAAUUCCUGUUUUCUGGAAGAUUUAGGUAUUCCUCGAAGCAAUUAUCUCAUUUCUUAAAAAAAACUUCAUAGCAGAG